AUGCCAUGGAGUGAUGAGGAUAGUGAUUCAUCGGAUUCACAUUCAGAGUCUGAAGGCGACGAUGGAGUUAGCAAGAGAAAAGCUGGGCAAGGCCAACCCUCCAAGAAAACAGCAUCACAAGUGAUAUCUGGGAAGCGAAAGAGCAAAGUUGUGGACUUUGAGGCAUUGAAGCAAUAUGGGUACAAAGGUGGGCCGUCUGUGCUGAGCGUGCCCCCACCAAAAGAGCCCGAGAAGGAGCCAAACUGGUCUUGGUCUACCGGUAGGGAGGACAAUAAGGAGGGUGCUAAUGGAGUAACCAAGAAGGGAACUGAAGGAGAAGAAGAAUCUUAUGAACAACGACAGAAGACGAGGGCUGCAUUGGCCUCCGGGGAGCAGCUAGAACAUGUGCUAACGCGGAAUGACAAGAAAAACCUGUCGUUUUCACAGAAGGAGAAGAGGAAAAGAGAGCUUGGUCAGGCAAGCAGGGGAAAGAACUAUGUUGAAGAAGAGAAGAGGUUGUUGAGGGAGAGUGGUGUUUACUCUGGUUUUGAUACUUAA